CUUCAAUUGAAUUUUUCUUUUUCUCUCUUGAAGAUUAAAUUGAUUGCAAUAACUUGGAGUGUUUAAUUUACUUCAUCUUGAUAAUUUCUACUCUAAUUAGUGUUUAAUUUCCAUCAAAUGACAAUCAGAUUGUUUUCUAAUCUUUUUCUUUAUCAGAAACAAUUGAUUCCUUCAAACGUUCACUUAACCAAUUGUGUCUCUCAUUUUGUUGGUGAUUUUUCAUUGAAUAGAAAAUUUUCUUCAAAUAGAAUUUUGUUUAAUUGUGAUUCAUCUUCUUCCCAAUCUUCAUCAUCAUCAGUAACUAAUCAAUUAGCUGAUAAAAUCAAGAAUAAUAGUAAGAAAAUGUCUCCAAAAGGAUUGACCAGUGAAGAGCGAGAUCAGCUGUUGAAACCUCUACUUCAGGAUGGAUGGGUGAUGGAUAAUUCUGGUCGAGAUGCAAUUAGAAAGGAAUUGAUUUUCAAAGAUUUCAUUCAAGCCUUUGGAUUCAUGACUUCGAUUGCUUUGAAAGCUGAAAAGAUGAACCAUCAUCCCGAAUGGUUUAAUUGUUACAAUAAAUUGAACAUUCUACUCUCAACCCAUGAUGUUGGUGGUCUUUCCGAGAAAGACAUCAAAUUGGCCAAGUAUAUUGAUCAAGUUUGGUCAACAAUUAACAAAUAGAACAACAAUUAGAGCUUAAUUGUGGUGUUUUCUUUACUCAAGUGUAUUAACAAAUAAUAAAUUUACACGUGGAUUUUAGAAAAAGAAACAAAA